GAAAACAGACUAGUCCACCUCGCGCCUAUUUUGACAUUAGUGGGCACAACGGGUCUUGUAGUCAUUCUGUGUCUACAUUUCAGCAUGCCUAUUCACAGACACAUUAAAACGUCGUACACAACUACACAGAUGCUGAAAGAAAGGUCCGGGAGGCAACUUCUAACGAUCCGUGGGGUCCAAGUAGCACCUUAAUGGCUGAAAUAGCUGACAAGACUCACAAUGUUAUGGCUUUUACGGAGAUAAUGCAGAUGAUUUGGAAGCGACUUAAUGACAGAAAUAAACAUUGGCGUCAUGUCUGCAAAGCUCUGGUUCUUCUGGAUUAUUUAACAAAGACGGGUAGCGAUAAAGUGGCUACUCAGUGCCGCGAAAAUAUACAUUCCAUUGAAACCCUCAAAUGUUUCGAACACGUUGAAGAUGGGAAGGAUUUCGGUCAAAGUGUUCGGGAAAAAGCACAUCGUUUAAGCAUGCUCCUCAGAAAUGACGAACUUUUGCAUGAAGAACGUACUAAGGCUUUACUAGCCCGUGAUCGUCUUAUGCACGGAGGUCUCGGGACUACAGCAUCUGCUGGAGAUUCACCAAGUAGAUACGGAUAUUCAUCUUCGGGUCGUAGCAGUUAUCCCAUUGGAUAUUCUGGUUCCAGUUAUUUCGAAAAACCAACUUUGUCCGUACCUUCAAAAUCGCCCGUCCCUCAUGCUUCAACUGAACUAGAAUCGGUGAGGCCUCAGUCUGCUGGAGAGGAACAACUUCAUCUUCAACUUGCUCUAGCUAUCAGUAAAGAGGAACAUGAUCGAGAGGAACGCCGUAGACGAGCUGAAGAAGCUAAAGAGGAAGCUAAGGUACAGAUGGUUAUAGAACAGAGUCGUCGAGAGGAGCAGGAAAAGCAUCAGAUGAAGGAUAAAUCAGGUAGACAUUCAACUUCCAAUAUUCCUUCAGCAUCCAGUGCCUUUGAAUCUCCAACUUGUGCUUCUAGCGGAGGAUUAUUCAGCUUAGUUGAUACUUCUCUAUCGGCUGCACCAGCACAUUUACCAGAUCCUUGGUCAGUGCCGUUAGCACCUCCAAAUAGUUCACUGAAUAAUGCAGCACCACCUUCUCCAUCUACAUCAUUUGCCAAUACACCUGCACCAUCGUCUGCAUUUCCACUCAUACUUAUUGAUGAUCCUUGGAGUCCAAAAAGUCAACCAAGUAUUCCAACACAUCCUACUGCAAGUAAUUCAGAUGCUUUUUGGAAUUUAGAAUCCAGUUUAAGUUCCGCAUUACCGUCUACUUCUAAUAUAAAUAAUGAAACAAGUUCAUCUCAUCAUCAUGCUAACAGUGGUAACAUGAACAACAAUAACGGUCAUUUUGAUUUUGAUGUGAAUGGGAAUUCAGCUAAUGAUGAACUCUCUCAACAACAGUUACAACAAAAACAGUCUAUUUCACUUCAAAACACCCAAACCUCGUCUUCACCUGGUGAACAACAACAAGAACAACAGACUUCCCGUAAACGAACUCCUGCUGACUUCUUAGGUGAACAUCAGAAAUUGGUUGAUCUGGAAAAGCUGGUUGAGAAAAAUCCAGGUACUGAUUUAGAAAGUUCUGUUCAAAAAACAUUUUUUGAUGAAAAGAAUAUAAGCUAUUUUGCGCAGUUUAUUCUAUCGAAUUGGGUGUUGGAACACUGUACCUGCAAUGUAAAAAACUCCAAUUCAAAUCUUGUUUUCGCCAAAAACUUUUCAUUUCUAUAUUACUACGCAGUCCUUAGUGGUAAUAGUAGUUAA